UGCAGCAGCCACUCCUUAUUCUCCCUUUUGGCCGAAACCCGGGAGUGCCCUAGGCAACAGCUGUAUGCGCGAGGCAGCAGGCAUGCCCAAUGACCAUGCCCAGAAGCCGCGGUCUAGCCGGCAAGGGGCUCUGCAGAAGAGACCGCGUGCGGACUACUUUGAGAAAGGCGGGAAUAUAGGAGAGCACCGCUCUUUUCGCAGAGAUUCAAAAUGGGCUUCUGAGAAAUAGAACAAACAUGAAUUUGGUAUAACUAUAUGGACGUUAGAUAAAGAGUGUACAUUUGGGUCCAUGUGUGAUGUUAGGAUUGGUUGGCUUGUGCACUGAAUUCGUAGGUUACUGACCGUCGUAGGAUAGAUACUUUUAUCCUCCCAUUGGAGUAGCCUAGUUCAAUGAUGGAGAAUGCGACGCAGCCCCAGCUGAUGGUCAAGAGCGCAGAGAGUCCAGCGGAGGAGCUCUCCAAGAUAAGCGACCAGGAGCUGCUCAAGUGGAGCAAAGAGGAGUUGGUGCGGCGGCUACGGAGGGCAGAAGCCGAGAAGAUGGGCGUUAUGCUUGACCACGGGAAUUUGAUUCGGGAGGUGAACCGGCGACUCCAGCAGCACCUGACCGAGAUCCGGGGUUUGAAGGAUGUGAACCAGAAGCUGCAGGAGGAUAACCAGGAGCUGCGGGACCUGUGCUGUUUCCUGGAUGACGACCGUCAGAAGGGCAAGCGUGUGUCCCGGGAGUGGCAGCGUCUGGGCCGCUACAGUGCCGGCCUCAUGAGGAAAGAGGUGGCCCUCUACCUGCAGAAACUCAAGGAGCUGGAGCAGCGCCAGGGAGAAGUGAUCAGAGAGAAUCUGGAGCUCAAAGAGCUGUGUAUCCUACUGGAUGAGGAGAAAGGGGGAGGAGGGGGAGGAGCAGGGCAGAGUGCAGGGUGCAGAAGCUCGAUUGACAGCCAGAGUAGUCUGUCUCAAACUGGGGGGGCUACACUGGGCUUGCUCCGUGACGUGGGGGAUGGGAGCAGCACCUCGAGUGCGGGAAGCACGGACAGCCCCGACCACCACCACCGCAAGCCCCUUCACCAGGGCUCCGGCCUGGGCUCCAACCCUGGCUCCCACCAUGACAAACCAGAGGGCCCGGGCCUCGAGUCUACAGGCCGCCGCCACAGCUCCACCCCAGAUUACCACACCUUCCCCCAGGCCUGCAGGCCCCGCGGGGGGUCCCUCACCAGCCCUGAUCCCAGGGGCCUCCGGGGGCCCUGCAGCCCAGAGAAACACGGCAUAUUCCCUACACAACUGGCGGCUGAGGCCCACUCCAAACCCAGCAGUGCUGACAUGCUGGCCCAGAAACAGCUUUUGGGGUCCGGGCAAGGGUUAGGGCCAAACCAAGGUUCGGGCCAGUCAAGUCCUGACCUCUCACGGAGACACAGGGUUAAUGCGGUCGGGGUUGGGGCUGGAUGUGGGACCACUGAGCCCAAACAGGCACUAACAGGGAUGCCAGAGCACCUGAGGAAGGGUCGGGUGAUUGUGGGGAGCCAUGAAGUGUUACGACACCACAACCACAGCCCCAGUUCAGAGCACGGAAAGGGGAGGUACGGCAGCAGCCCCCCAGCAGGCAGGGAGUGGGGACAGAGGAGGACCACUGGAGACGAGUUGUCCCCUCACCACGGCAGCAUCUACAAUGGCAUGAAUGCUCUCAUAUCUGCUGGCUGCUGCACCAACACCUGUAGGAGUGUGAAGCUUUGGGACAGCUUUGAUGCCUCCUGACCACCACAAGCCUCAGUCAUACAUGCUGCUGUGACCAGAGCCCCUAAAGAGAGAGGAGAGGAGAGG